CGUUUUUGCUUUUGUUUAUAUCGAUAAUAGUUACUGAUAAACUCCGUGGGGAUGAUUGAUUCUUCUUUCAGCUCUUCUGGUGCCAAAGUCGUCCUGGCGUCUUCCAGCGAUGAGAGUCACCCACCCGAAAACAUAGUUGACGGAAACAUGAGCACGUUUUGGAUGUCCACCGGGAUGUUUCCUCAGGAGUUCAUCAUUCGUUUUAAUGAACCCACCACGGUUUCUGCAGUGACAGUGGACAGCUACAAUGUCAAAAAUCUGAAAAUUGAAAAGAACGCCUCACAAAGUGCUUCUCAAUUUGAAUCUGUUACAGAGAAAGAAUUUGAAUACACUGAGGGACAUCUUCAGACGAAUGCUAUUUCCCUUAAUCCCAGCAGUGCAAUCCACCUACGUUUUAUUAUCACUUCAGGAUAUGAUCAUUUUGUCUCUGUGCAUAAAGUCAGUAUAAAAAAUUAAAUGGGAUUUUGGGCAUUUGCAUUUAUUAGUGAUAAAAAAACCAAUAAAAUAAUAUUAAAAAUAA